GAAUAAUUAAGAAAAUAUGGGUGUUUUUGGGUUAAUUCUUUUUCUAGGGUUUUUCGAAUUCUCAUUUGUGAUCACUCAUGUUGGUGCUUUUUAUGGUGGAUGGAGCACCGGUCACGCCACCUUCUACGGUGGCGGAGAUGCCUCCGGCACUAUGGGAGGGUCAUGUGGGUAUGGGAAUUUGUACAGUCAAGGGUAUGGAACAGAGACUGCAGCUCUCAGUACGGCUCUAUACAACAAUGGACUAAGUUGUGGUUCAUGUUACGAAAUCAUGUGUGUAAACAAUAAACAAUGGUGUCUAAAAGGAGUCAUAUUUGUUACCGCCACCAAUUUUUGCCCGCCCGGUGGAUGGUGUGACUCGCCCAACAAACAUUUUGAUCUCUCUCAACCGGCUUUUCUUCGUAUUGCUCAAUAUCGGGCUGGCAUUGUCCCAGUCGCGUUUAGAAGGGUAGCAUGUAGGAAAAAAGGAGGGAUUAGGUUUACAAUCAAUGGGCAUUCUUAUUUCAAUUUGGUUUUGAUUACGAAUGUUGGUGGUGCUGGUGAUGUUCAUUCGGUUUCUAUUAAGGGAUCGAGGACCGGGUGGCAGACAAUGUCGAGGAAUUGGGGGCAAAAUUGGCAGAGUAAUUCGUACUUAAACGGGCAGAGUCUUUCGUUUAAGGUGACCACGAGCGAUGGACGAAGUGUUGUGUCUUAUAAUGUUGCUCCAUCAGGGUGGUCCUUUGGGCUGACCUAUACCGGGAGACAGUUUUAGAAAGUGUAGUAAAUAAAUUAUCUAAGGCAUAAUUUAAUUUCUUAAAUAUAAUUAAAGUUAUUGUUAGUCUUUUGACUAUAACUUUUUUUAAUUUUGUGUGUGAAAUGAUAUUAUUGUGGGUGAUUGGUAG